UUCAUGAACAUCACAGAUCAAUAAUACACAUAACCUCAUUUGGCAUAUACAAUUUGAAAUAAUUUUAUGGUGGAAUGUUCAAAUUCUGAAUGUGUAAAAUAUCAGUGAAAUGAUAAAUUCUUUAAGAACUGAUAAAUUUAUGUUUCAUAUUUAUAAUUUAUUUAUGAGGAGGACAUCAUGUAGAAUUUACGAAAAUAUGUGUUCCAAUCAUAUGAAAUUCCAAAUAAGGUAUUUUGAAGAAAUCUCUGAUCCAAAUUUUGGCAUAGAAGAACCAAGUAAAGAGAGGAAAAGAACUAUACGAAUACCGAACAUUAGGCUUGUUCAUCCUGAUGGGACUGUAACCAUUACCCUGUUGGAACGAGCUCAGAGAAUUGCUAAGAGUCGUAACUUCUUCUUAGUAAAAGAAUCAUAUGUUGAUACAGAUGCGAGAGAUGUUUACAAACUUUGUGAUAAAAUAGAUGUCUUUGGAUCCAAAUCUAACAAGGAUACCACAAAGGACACUAAUCACAAAUUCAAAAGUACCAAAUACUUUCAAAUGCAAUCUAAAAUUUCUGAACAUGAUUUAAUAAUCAAACUAGACAACAUCAAUAAGUUACUACAGAAAAAUUAUAAGAUAAAACUUGUAAUCACAUUUCCAACUGAUAAUGUUGAUAAGGAAACCAUAAUAAAAACUGUGAGAGGAAGACUACAAGGAGACUGUAUUGAUGAAAAGAAAAAGGGUAAUGCUUUAAUCCUUGUAUACAUGCCUUUAUUAACAAAAAGCGGCAACGUUGAUAAAAAUAUAGUUAAUGGUAAAUAAUGUUAACAUAUACAUAGCUUCAAAGUGUAUUGUAAAUAUGACAUUAUAAUAUUGUCUGACUUUGUGAAACUAAGAAUAAAGUAAUGUACAUAUAGUUCCCAAUAAUAUGACUUUGUUUAUUAAACGAAGAAAUGAAUGGUA